UACCGGGAAGAUUUCUGUUGCUUCUUUCAUGACAUCUGCCGUCCUUCCUUCAGUUGGGAUCUGUUUAGGAGUCUGUGCAGCGUUUUAGCUCCGAGCGCACUUGUGUCUGACUCAACGAUGAGCUCCGCUGGGAAAUACUGCCUGUUAUUGUUCUUGCUCAAAAGUAUCCUGUCGGACCCGGGAACCACAAACCAAGUGGUCCUGUUGGAUACCACCACAGUGCUGGGAGAACUGGACUGGAAGACCUAUCCUGUCAAUGGGUGGGACGCCAUCACAGAGAUGGACGAGCAGAACAGACCCAUUCACACCUUCCAGGUUUGCCACGUGAUGGAGCCAAACCAGAACAACUGGCUGCGGUCCGGAUGGAUCCAACGACAAGCUGCACAAAGGGUGUACGUGGAGCUGCGCUUCACGCUGAGAGACUGCAACUCCAUCCCCUGGGUGUCUGGAACCUGUAAGGAAACCUUCAAUCUGUUUUACCUGCAGACAGAUGAACCGCUCCCUGCAGCCACGCGCUUUCGUCCCAGUGACUAUGCCAAGGUGGACACCAUAGCGGCCGAUGAGAGCUUCACGCAGACGGAUCUGGGAGACCGCGUCCUCCGCCUGAACACUGAGGUGAGGGAGGUGGGACCAGUGACGCAGAAGGGCUUCUACUUGGCCUUUCAGGAUGUGGGAGCGUGCAUCGCUCUUGUGUCUGUCAAGGUGUUCUACAAACGCUGCCCCUCGACUUUAAGGAACUUGGCAGAAUUUCCCGACACGGUGCCACACAUGGACUCGUCCUCCCUGGUUGAAGUGAGGGGUGCGUGCGUGGAUAACGCAGAGGAGAGGGACACACCGAAAUUGUACUGCGGCGCCGAUGGAGACUGGCUGGUUCCACUGGGCCGCUGUGUCUGCAGCAUCGGCCACGAGGAGAUGGAUGGCUACUGCCGGGCUUGUAGCCCGGGCUCCUUUAAAGCGUAUGCGGGGAACACCAAAUGCUCCAAGUGUCCUUUACACAGCUCCAGCCAUGACCAGGCCGCCACCAUCUGUCACUGCGAUAAAGGCUUCUACAGGGCUCUCAAAGACCCCACCACCAUGGCUUGUACAAGGCCUCCGUCAGCCCCCAGGAACCUGGUCGCAUUGAUCAAUGACACGGCUCUCUUCUUGCAGUGGAUGCCUCCUAGUGAUACAGGAGGCAGGAAGGACAUCACUUACAACGUCCUGUGCCAGCGCUGUGAUGGAAGCGACACGGACACUGCCGUGACACAGUGCGAGCCCUGCGAGCCAGACCUGCGGUUUGUCCCGCGCCCGCUCGGUAUCACCGGCACCUCGGUGGCUAUAUUAGAUUUUGCAAUGCACGCCAACUACACCUUCCAUGUAGAGGCUGUGAACGGCGUGUCUGCGCUGGUCAUGGCUGCACGAUCGCUGGCAAAUGUCACCGUCAAUACACACCAAGCCGGUCCUGCUCUGGUGGGUGUUGUCAGGAAGGACUGGGCCUCUCAGAACAGCAUUGCCCUCUCCUGGUCGGGAAUGGAACUGCCGUCCUCAGACAUAGUGGAAUACGAAGUUAAAUACUAUGAGAAGGAGCAAGAGCAGCUGAGUUACUCAUCAACACGCACCAAAAACCCCAGUGUGGUGGUAACGGGCCUCAAACCCUCCACUGUUUAUGUCUUCCACGUACGCGCUCGCACCGCUGCUGGCUACACGGCUUACAGCUCCAACUUUGAGUUUGCAACUGCAGCAGAGGAUCCCGAUGUGGCCGAUCAAGGCCAGGUCCUGGUUGUCGUCACGGCGUCUGUGGGAGGCUUCUCCCUGCUGGUCAUCCUCACCCUCUUCCUCCUCAUCACUGGACGGUGCCAGGGAUACAUUAAGGCCAGGAUGAAGUCUGAGGAGAAGCGAAGGGCUCGCUUCCACAGUGGACACGUCCCGUUCUCUGGGAUAAAGACCUACGUGGACCCUGAUACCUAUGAAGACCCCACUCAGGCCGUGGAGGAGUUUGCCAAAGAGAUCGACCCCUCGUACAUAUGCAUUGAGCGGGUGAUUGGUGCAGGUGAAUUUGGGGAAGUUUGUUGCGGUCGGCUGCGCGUACCUGGAAGGAUGGACAUUGCUGUUGCAAUCAAAACGCUGAAAGGAGGCUAUGCGGAGCAGCAGCGCCGAGAUUUUCUGCGAGAGGCUUCGAUCAUGGGGCAGUUCAACAACCCCAACAUCAUCAGGCUGGAGGGUGUAGUCACCAAGAGCAGGCCGGUAAUGAUAGUGGUGGAAUACAUGGAAAAUGGAUCACUUGACUCAUUCCUCCGGACACGUGACGGCCAGUUCACCGUGCUCCAGCUGGUUGGCAUGCUGCGCGGCAUUGCAGUGGGCAUGACAUACCUUUCAGAUAUGGGUUACGUCCACAGAGACCUCGCCGCCCGCAACAUCCUGGUGGAUGAAAGCCUGGUGUGUAAGGUGUCUGAUUUCGGCAUGUCCAGAAUCCUUGAAGACGACACUGAAGCGGCCUACACAGCUUCGGGAGGGAAGAUCCCGAUACGCUGGACAGCGCCAGAGGCGAUUGCUUAUGGAAAGUUUUCCUCUGCCAGCGAUGUGUGGAGCUACGGCAUUGUCAUGUGGGAAGUGAUGUCCUAUGGAGAGAGGCCCUACUGGGAGAUGUCCAAUCAAGAUGUCAUUCUGUCGAUUGAGGAAGGCUACCGUCUGCCUGCCCCGAUGGGAUGCCCGGUGACGCUGCACCAGCUGAUGCUGCACUGCUGGCAGAAGGAGUCCAGCCAGCGGCCACGCUUCCACGACGUGCUCUCCUUCCUCGACAAACUGAUCAUCAAUCCCAGCAGUCUGCUGACUCUGGUUAAUGAUGUUCAGAGCUACCCUGACUCUCCGGAGGACAUGCCGGAUUACCCUCUGUUCAUCUCCAUCGGCGACUGGCUCGACUCCAUCAAAAUGAGCCAGUACAAGAACAACUUCCUCGCAGCAGGAUACACAACACUGGAUUCCAUUUCAUCCAUGAGUAUAGACGACAUCAGGCGCAUUGGGGUGUGUUUGAUUGGCCACCAGAGGAGAAUCAUAAGCAGCAUACAGUCCCUUCGCCUGCAGCUCCACCACAUCCAGCAGAGUGGCUUUCAAGUGUGAGACCACUGCGCUGAGUCAGACUGUGCGCACACACUGAGCUGGAAACAAACCAGAGCUCCUUGGCAUCGUCAUUCAACUAAUUGCACAAAACACCAGACUGUUAGGUGUAGCAGGUACCACAUGCCGCCCACGUGUGGGCAGUUUGCUGCUGGACCGCAUGUGGCCCGGUUAACACACACUCUUCAUCUUAUGGAUCAUUAUCAAUACAGACUCCACAACAACCAACCUCUGUCAGCAUUGACCCGACGCGGUCUCUUUAUUAUCUCAGCAAGUACUAGCAUUCACUUGAAUUCUGGACUUCCUCUCUCUAGUGUCUAUUCAAGUGUUCACCGAUACCUCUUCUCUUUCCAAGUGACAAUCCAAUGGUCUCUGUUGACUUUGAAUGGUCUCAAGUCUGUUACCUCAUGACCGGAGAAGACGUGGAUAGGAUAUAUCAUGUGGUGGUGUGUGUGCAACAGUGAUUUUAUUGACGACUUUCCAGCUGGUUUUGUGAAACAAUUCAGCUGAACUAAAGAUAGAGAGAAUGAAAAAUACAAUCAUGAUUUUUGAACUGAAGACCGCUGAAUGUCAAAAGAUUUUAUAGAAAAUGUAUGUUCGCUCCUCAUGAUAAUGCAGUAUGUCUUGUACAAAAAGUCUUGUGAAAGUUGUAUGUUUUAUUCAGUUUGUUGGUUCCUUAAUAAACAGCCCUAUUUUAAUACUUAGUUUUCUCUCGGGCUUCAACCACCGCCGGGCCU